AGGCUCCGUUUGCAGUGCUCGCCGGCUGGCGGCAGCUUGCAGAACGCCCUGACCUGGUCUUGCCCCCGCCACGACGCACUCGGCUCUUCUGGGCUUUCCUGCAUGGUGGUUUGGAGCGGGUGGAUGCGUGCUGCGAGCUACUAGAUCGCGACCAUCGCCGCCCUUGGAGGGAGGAAGAUUUUGGGUCUUUCCUCAGCCUAGAGAGUUCUCCAUUUUCAGCCAUGCGUAUUUCUGCCUUGCUGGCCAUGGCGGCCAAGGUCACUCUGCCCCACAACUACCGCUAUGGGAUGAGCCGCCCUGGCACCCUGGCAGAGAAGAGGAGGAACCCUCCAGGGACCAGGCGGCGCCGGGUGGCUGUGGAGCCUAUCUCUGACGAAGACUGGCAUCUGUUCUGUGGAGACAGGGUAGAAAUUCUAGAAGGCAAGGAUGCAGGAAAGCAAGGAAAAGUGGUCCAGGUCAUCCGGCAGCGCAACUGGGUGGUCGUGGAGGGACUGAACACGCAUUAUCGCUACGUUGGCAAGACCUUGGAGACUCGGGGAACCAUGGUUCCAAGUGAAGCACCCUUACUCCACCGCCAGGUCAAACUCGUAGAUCCGAUGGACAGGCAAGUACAAGAGGCUUUGGGCCAAUGGUCCCCCUACCACUGGGUUUGCAGAAAUUGGCAGUUAUCCAAUGAAGGGUGUUUGGAUGCUCUGGAAGUCACGCAGGGCAGCUCCCAGAUAUGCUCCUCUCCCUGUGAGAAAUCCCAAAAUGGAGAGCCAAGAGCUAAACAUUGAGUUUGGAAGGUACCACCUAGUUCUCAGGUUUCACGUCUCCCAUCCACUAGGAAACCAACCGAGGUGCAGUGGAGGUUCACCGAGACAGGAGAGCGGGUCCGUGUCUCCACCAGAUCAGGCAGAAUUAUCCCCAAACCUGAAUUUCCCAGAAGUGAUGGCAUCAUUCCUGAAACAUGGAUUGAUGGCCCCAAAGACACCUCAGUGGAAGAUGCCCUAGAAAGAACCUAUGUGCCCAGUCUAAAGACACUAGAGGAAGAGGUGAUGGAGGCCAUGGGCAUCCAGGAGUCUCGGAGACACAAGAAAGUCUAUUGGUAUUGAGCCUGGAAGAAGAGCUUUUCUCUGGCCUCCUCAACACCAAUAAAGAUCUAAAUAACCUCUCCUA